UCAUGACCUAUGGGCUGUUAGCUGUCCCUCUUCCUAUACAUCACACCGUUCGUGGAAGCUGACGCGUCACCGGCAGCGGGGUGGAGUCGGGCGUUGCGACGCCGUCUGAUUGGCGGACGCGCCAGUGGCCACGCCCCCACCCACCACGCCCGGUGUGAGCCCAGCGACCACUGGCAGGGGCAGAUUCGGCGACGGCCCGCGACCGGCAGCGGCGAUGUUUGCAGCGGCCGGCGGAGCGCACUGUGCCGGCGCCGCCCCUCGCUGACGGCCCUGCUGUCGGUGAUGGCAGCCGGGGCCGGCGCAGGGGCGCGGCUGGUGCCGCGACCACCGCUGCCCUGGCCUCGCGACACAGAGGCGGCGCCGCCCGCCCGCCUCUCGGCCGCCGGCGUCGACCUGGAGCCCUCGGCCCGCCUCAAGGAGGCGGAGGCGGGCGCCGAGCGCGAGACCUGGGACAAGAAGGUCGAAUUCCUGCUGGCCGUCAUCGGGUUCGCCGUGGAUCUCGGCAAUGUGUGGCGAUUUCCGUACAUCUGCUACAAAAACGGCGGCGGUGCUUUCCUCAUUCCCUAUCUUAUCAUGUUGAUCUUCGGAGGUCUUCCGCUUUUCUACAUGGAGCUGGCUCUAGGACAAUAUCACAGAAGUGGCUGUCUCACCCUCUGGAAGAAAAUCUGCCCGGCACUCAAAGGAAUCGGCUACGCGAUUUGCAUCAUCGACAUCUACAUGGCCAUGUGUUACAACACGGUGCUGGCGUGGUCGGUGUACUACCUGGUACAGAGUCUGCAAGCCGAACUGCCCUGGACGCGCUGUUUCAACGCCUGGAACACGGACCGGUGUCGCCAGUCACCGGCCAACGGCACCCUGCCGGCGGCGGGCGGCGGCGCGUCAAACAGCUCGGCCAACACCACCAGCCCCGCCUACGAGUUCUUCCAUUACGCCGUGUUAGAAGUUCAGCAUGCCAAAGGAAUCGACGAUCUCGGUGCGGUGAAAUGGCCGCUCGCACUGUCUCUCCUGGCGGUCUUCUUUCUCGUCUACUUUUCGUUAUGGAAAGGCGUCAAAAGCACUGGGAAGGUUGUCUGGAUCACUGCGCUGUUUCCGUACGUGGUGCUGUUUAUAUUGUUCCUGAGGGGGAUUACCCUGCCCGGAGCGUGGAUGGGCAUCCGGUACUACCUGACCCCGCAGUGGCACCGACUCAGCGAUGUCAAGGUUUGGAUUGAUGCAGCCACGCAGAUUUUCUUCUCGCUUGGCCCGGGAUUCGGAACUCUUUUGGCGUUAUCAAGUUACAACAAGUUCAACAACAACUGCUUCAAGGAUGCGAUGAUCACAAGCACGAUCAACUGUCUGACCAGUUUUCUGGCAGGAUUCGUUAUCUUCUCCGUGUUAGGUUACAUGGCUACUGUUCAGCACAAAGACAUUAAUGAGGUCGGAACAGACGGUCCCGGCCUAGUGUUUUACGUUUACCCGGAAGCAGUCGCCAUGAUGUCUGGCUCAGUAUUCUGGGCCAUCAUCUUCUUCCUCAUGCUCAUCACAUUAGGUUUGGACAGUACGUUUGGAGGCCUGGAGGCAAUGAUCACCGGUCUGUGCGACGAAUACCCUAACAUGCUGGGCAAACACCGCGAGAUCUUUGUCGGUUUUCUGCUGGUCUUCUGCUAUAUUUGCGCCAUACCAACAACCACUUACGGAGGAACGUACGUGGUCGACCUGCUGAUGAUCUACGGUCCAGGAAUCUCGGUCCUCUUCAUUGUGUUCGUCGAGUCAGUAGCCGUGUGCUGGUUCUAUGGUGCAAACAGGUUUGCUGGCGACGUCGAAAGAAUGCUGGGAUCCCGUCCCGGUAUCUUUUGGCGGAUCUGCUGGAAUUUCGUCAGUCCACUGUUUCUAUUGUUUAUUUUCGUGUGUUCUCUGGUGACGUACGAGGACCUCCGUACCAAGGACUACAUCUACCCGCGCUGGUCCAUCCUGCUAGGCUGGGCCAUGACCGGCUCCUCGCUGGCCUGCAUCCCGGCCUACAUCAUUUACAUGUUCCUCGCCACGCCCGGAUCACUCAAACAGCGUUUUUAUGUCUGCAUCACCCCGGAGAGCGACCUGGAGCUGAACUCGAGUCUAGUACCGGCGGCCAUCACAAGCAAGGAAUCCGAGUCAGCCGCCGCGCCCACGGCCGUAUGACUGGCCGACCUCAGCGGCUGCCGGCGCCGCCGCUCGGCGCCCGACUGCAGCGCCCUCUGCGAGCGACCGCAGCGCCGCCAGCGGGAGUUCUGGGCAACUGUGGACAAACGACUGUCGCUUCACACCAACGAGUGGUUGGUGUAAGUGAGCGAUAUCAAGCGAUAUCCAGUCGAACAUUGAGAAACGCUCGGCGCUUUUGAAUGGCAUAUCUGUUUUUAAAAUAGGGUUGCUGUACAUAAUGAAUAAUAAUCUCCCUUUGACAAAGGUGAAAUUGAUGUGAAUAUAGCAAAACGUGACGAGAGUUUGGAAUGGCCAGUUUUUGCAGAGACAUUCUUAUAGAAUUUAUUCGAAGUUGACGAAGCUUCUGGGCGUGUUGUGUUAGCUUGUAUAACAUUGUUCGCUGUUUCAAUGUCGCUUGUGGGCCCUCAGACCAAUCUGAUGUUUGUUAACGUUUGACGUUCGAUAAUCAUUAUGUAGGUAAGGUAACCAAAAGGCAUGCUUGCAGUGCAUUGUGUUGGUGAUGACAUAUGCCGUAAGAAUGUGUGUGGAGCAAAAACGUAAUGAGCAAGUAUGAUAAACGUUUUACAAACAUUAAAUCACUGUUACACUUACAAUUCAGGGUUGGACACCAAUAUUCCCCAGAUUCAGUUUGUUACAUUAGGCUGAAGCACUCUUUCGGCAGCCGACGAAGGAAUCUAUUCAGCCUAAACGUAAAUUGAACAUCACCACAACCUGGACCAGCAAGGACAUAUGAAAUUACUAUCCAUCUGGAGCCAAGAGCACCCCAUGACAACACGUCACAAAAUAUGGGUUGGAUAUCAGCCAUGCAAAACGACAUUGCCUACAAGGAAUAGAGACAUUCCUACAUGCGGACCAAUUUGUAUUAGUAGGCUUUGGUGUUUGUUGUCGUACUGUAUAGAGAUAAGCGCUAUAGCAGCAUUGCGUAGGAGCAGACUACGGCAGUGUUAUUUGUGUGUAAAUCGCAAUAGAAUUCUCCACUCGGGUGGAUACUAGUUGUAGCAGUUUGUAGCUUCUACGGUGUUAUACUUAGAGACGACGUUGUAUACGUGCGUACUGUGUUGGUCCGUAAGUCGUAUGAUGCGUGCUUUUAUUGGUCUUUCGAUUUCAUGUCGAGGUACGCGAAUUGCCGCCAGAUUAGGUACGCGAUGUGUCAGCGUGACGUCAUUGAAUGACGUCACCAACUGCACAGUCAGUCGGGAUUCCUCCAAUACGAUUGUCCGUCUGUUGACUUUCAGUAUGCGCCGCCAGCAGCCAUGCGGCGCACACUGAGACUACAGACUAGACGACAAAAAUCAACAUGAUCUGAAAUACAUGCUUUUAGUGACA